CAACAAUUAGAACAGUUAUUCGAAAGGUUUACAUCAUCUUUUGAAUACAUUGUUGCAUUUUCACAAUUAGAAUAAUUUAAACUUUUCAUCACAAUGGUCAAUUUCACUACCUUUGUCAAAUCAAAAAGGAAGAGAAAAAAGGAUAUAACUUUUCAAGAUAUUCAGGAAAAUUUUGAUCUUCCUAUCAAGGAAGCAGCCGAUGCUUUACAAAUUUCGUUAACUCAACUCAAGAGAAUUUGUAGAGAGAAUGAUAUCCCUCGUUGGCCAUACAGAAAGUUACAAGCUCUACAAAACAAAUUACAAGAUCUUCAAGAUAGUUUAGCACAAGCAGAUGAAUUAACCAAGCAAAGAACACAAAGCAAAAUAGAUUCCAUACAUGAGGAGAUUAAAUUCAUUCGUGCCUAUCCUAAAACAAUUAUUGAAAGUGGUGGCAAUGGAGGAAAGAGAAAUUCCAUAACAAAAUCCAAACGUUGGUCACUUCCAUCAAUGAUGUCAGGAGAUUCUAUGAGUUCAUGUGGAAGUGGAGCAUCAACGAGUAACAUUUUGGAUCAAACCUUUGGUGGAGCUAAUUCUGCUGCCAACAGACGUUCACAAAAUGAAGAGGAAUUCUUUAAAGAUCUACAACAACGUUUGAGUAAACAAUAUGGUGGAAUGCCUGCUGGAUUAAUGGGUCAUGAAGAAGAGGAAGAUAUAGAUGAAGAUGAGAUAAUUGGUGAUGCUGAUGAGGAUGAAGAUGCUGAAAAUAAUAAGAAACAAUCAGCAGCCAAGACGAAUAAUAGAAAUAAGAGAUUUUCAAUGCCAUCACUCUCUCAUAAUAACAGUAAUAAUAGUAGCAGUAGUAAUAUUUUGAAUAGUUUAACUCCAAAGAGUAGUACUGCUAAUCAUUCUACAAGUGCUUUCACUACAGUCAAUUCGAACACUAAUCAUCACCAACUUCAUCAUCAUCAACAACAACAGUGGAAUACAUCCAAUAAUAAUAAUAAUCAAUUUAGUUAUCCAACUCCAUCAACAACAACGAAUAAUGCCACUAAUAAUAUUAUUCAUCAUCAUCCAAUUGGAAACCAAUAUCCACAUCACCACCACCACCAUCCUCAACCUCAUCAUGUUGGUUCUCCUCCACAACAUAUGACUGUUCAACAUCAACACCAUUCCUAUGUUACACAUCCACAACAAACAACUUCUAAUUCGGGGCAUUCUCACGCAUAUCCUCCAAUGGAGUCGCAAGGUCACUAUGGAGUUGUUUCAUCCCAUCAUCAGCUUCACCAUUCUCAUCAUCAUCAACACCAACCACAACAACAACCUAUCUAUCAUAAUGUAAUAGGUGGCAAUAGUGGUGGUGGUCAAUUGUAUAAUCAUAAUAAUGUAAAUGUGCCAACUCAAUCAGUUUCUCCUCCACAACAUUACCCAACCAAUUAUCAAGCCAAUCAACAUCAACCUCUAAAUAAUGUUGGCCACCUGCCUAAUUCGUCAACUCAAAAUUAUCAACAACAGGGAAUGCAAGGCCACCAAGUGAUAAAUCCUCAGCCAAACCAAAAUAACAUUGUUAGUCAACCUGUUGGUUUCGGUCAUCCACAGCAUGUUACGACAAGUAGUGCCCCACCUCAAAACGAUCCAAAUAAUCAGGCAGCAAUUCAUAGCUUACAUCACCAACCUUUGAAUUCUCCCUCAAGUAGCUCAACUACAAGGGAAAGCGGUUUACCUUCAAGACAGCACGAUUUCUUUUCCUCUGGAUUUUCACAUCACCAUACUCCAUUCAGUCAUUCGAAUAGACCUAGAUCACUCAAUAUUAGCACUCCAUCUUCGGACUCUUAUGGUUUUACUAAGUACUUACAUCAAAAUGGAAAUUACCUGCCAUCACUUGCUCAGGUUUUGAAGGAGAAUGAAUCUGACAGAAUGCAAGACUCACCUAUAGCAGUGAAUGAGCCAUCACCCUUCUCAACGAGACCAACAUUACCACCUGUAAAUCGAUCAUUUGAUCAACCACCAGAUCUUCCAAAUGAUUCUCAGAGAAGUGAUGCAUCCAAGAUUUCCCAAGCUUUAAGUAUUCUUAAGAAGAAGAAUACCAAUGCAUCCUCAACAAGCGCCUUACCACAAUCAAGUAGUGCAGGUAAUUUAGAGCAGAUACCAAGCAGUUCUUUCGAUAAUUUCCAAUAUUCAGGAUAUGGUGGAAAUAAUACUCAUAGAGAAAAUCUUCACUAUCUCAGAAAGGGUGUCCACUCAACCGAGUUUGAGUAUCCACCAUUACAACAAUAUUAUCAACAGUACCCAGAUCAAUUCAUGGGUUCACAGCCAUUAACAUCAACAACCCAUUUCACACAACAGCAAAUAGAUCCAAAUUCGCCAACUUCGAAAGGUAUCGAUGAUAAGAACUCUAAAUCAACAAAUGGUGGUAAGGAAAACUCAUCAUCGGGUGGCAGCAAACUGUCCUUCCUAGAGAAUUUAUUCAGAAAGAAAAUUCCAUUCAUAAGAAAGAGAAAGUAAUGUUAAAGCAUUUCAUUUCCAAACCAAGGAUUACACACGAAAGAAAUUUGUAAAUAAACUCAUCAAUUUUGUUUU